AUGAUUGGUGUUGAACUUUUGGUGAUCCCUUUGGAUGGAGAUACAUUUUAACACUAAAGCCAGAACAAGUCUAAGAGUCUAUCUAAAUUUGAUUUAGCCUAAAAAGAGGCUAACAUCGUUUGUCUAUGCAUUUGUUGCUAUUAUACCUUUAAACUUAUUUUCACAUUGGUAUAUCAUAAAGAAAUUCAAGACAAAUCACAAGAACAUUUUAUAAUCAUUAAUUUUUUCUAUGAUGUUAUUGCAUUUAUAUUAUAUGCAAUAUUACAUGCUCUGACCGAUGAUUUGAAAUACUCUGAAAUUAGUGACUAUGACUAAUAGAUCAAUUUAUUUGAGUUGAAUCAUUGCCUAACUUUCUUUACCAUUUAGGAACUUGUCUCUCUAUUUAAACCACUUAAUGGAUGCAUGAUAAUUUACACGCUGCAACAAAAGUCGUUUUCGAAAUAUAUAGUCGUUUUGAAAUUACUUCAUUAUUUUAACACCUAUUAAGCUCUCAACAAUUGCCAUCUCUUAUUCGUUAGAACUAACCCCCUUUUACAACUUCAAAUUGUAUUACUAAUCUUGAGUUGGAUAAUUUAAAUUAUAAUAAUUGUUGUGCUUUUACUUGUUUAUUUUAUAUAUUCAAUCAAAAAAAAAGAAUUCCAUUUUCACUACAAAGGGAAAAUCAUAGGAAAAAUGUUAUUUAUGAUUAAAGAAAUGUCCUACAAAGAAAAAUUUUAAAACAUUUAAGAUAACUUAGUAACGUGCCCUAUUUGUUAUCAAGAGAUUAAUGAAAACGAUACUAUAAUCUAGUUACCCUGUCAUUUGAAUCAUUUUUUCCAUUCCAAGUGCUGCAUGUAAUGGUUACUGAAAGAUCCUCGUUGCCCCCUCUGUCGACAUGAGUUAGAUUCCAAUAUUUCGAAUAAUCUAUACUCAAAUUUCUUAUGA